AUGUGGCAGCAAAGCCUAGUGCAGCAGUCUGCGGCUAGCCAGUACAAUGUGUAUUCCAAAUUACAUCGGGGGCCUAAAUCCACCGAGUUCACCUGGACCGUACAACUAUACGAGUUCGAUCUCGAUUACUCCAACGUGUUCUUCUUCUGGAUAAACUCCGACACACCCGAGGGAUUCGUCUCUUCUUUCCUCAAUAUUACGAAACCGGCGAGCCCCUCGACAUCACAUUCGACAACAGCAUCAGUGUCCAUACCCACAGACUCUACUAACUUAGUGCCGUUGAAUGACCCCCCUGUCUCUGAUACUGCCUUGAAUUCCGCUUCGGACUCCGGAAUCUCGACUACAGCGAAGAUCGCACUAGGGGUGGGGAUGGAAUCGGGGUGCCGGUGUUAG